AUGACGCAGGCGAUGGGCCUGAAGGUCGCUGAGCUGGCGCCCGCCGAGCAGGUGCAGCUCAUGCACAGCGUGCUCACCACCUGGCAGGUCCGCCUGGCCCGCACGCAUGGCCAGGCCAUGGUCAGGCAAGGAGAGGAGGCCAAUGAGCUGCGCACCGGGUCGCUAGGCGUGGCGAGGGCGGAGGCGCGGCGCCGCGCCCUGGUCGCCGUGGACCGCCAGCUGGAGGCGGGCCUGGCCGCGUACCGCGCCGCGGCGGCCGACACCCUGGUCUUCGGCCUGGUGGCGCUGGGCCGGCUGCAGGCGGGGAGGGUCAGGGAGCGCGCACGCGCGGCGCUGGAGAGGGACCUGGAGGUCGCGCCGCCGGGCAGCGGCCUGGGCGGGCUCACCGCCGCGCUGUGCCUGCUGCAAGGGGUCCUCCUGCCGGCCACCAUCAGCUGGUUCACAUUUUACUCCCUGGAAACCGGCCUGGAGUGGGGCUGGUGGUGA